GCUAGCAACUACAGACGCACUGGAGUUGUUCCAAUAUCCAUUAAUAGUGGGGGAAAUGACAUAUCAGUUGAACAGUUUACUCUUUUGUUAAAGCGAUCAGGUAAAUGUCUAUAAUAUCGAUCAGACAAACAAAAAUGGCGGAAUUUAUGAAGGACAUUUUAACAAGUAUUAUUGAUAUUUAGACAUAUGCGGAUAUACAAGUGUAGAAUGUUAUGUAGUUUAGUCACGUAUUAUUUUGCAUUUAAAUGAUUUAAAUGAAAUAGAUCUACAUAGCAAAGGCGGAAAAUAGUUUAAUCGGUGCUUUAAAAGAGAAAGGAUUAAAUCUAGCGACAAAUAUACAUUGGAUGAUUUAAAUAAUAUUGCAUGAAUGACUGCAACUUAUUUACGAAAUAAAUGUCGACUUGUAUGUAUAUAGAUCUAUCAACAGGGACAUAGAAGUGCAUAGCUGAUCAUAUGCAACGUUCAAUCAAUACCUCAGGCACUGAUCAUUUAAUCGAUCUGUAAUUAUAUAUUGAUAGUUGUAGUUGUAGUGCGUACAUACAGGUACUUACACAAGCAGCUACAUUGAAAUCCAGCUAACAGUACUUGACAUACAUUCACCAUUUAGAAUAAGCUUGUGGACAAUAAAGCAUAUGGUGAUAAACCGGAUUUAGAUAGUCAAUUGUGUCUGAUCUUAUAACGAAAUAAUAAACUACCGAUCAAUAACAUUUAAAUUUCUGAAUAGUAUAUUUGCUUUCAAAAUGUGAUCCGGAUGUGAACAUUUAUAGAUAUAUAUAUUGGAUUACCUCGACAGUAAUCAUAAGUUAGUUGACCAUGGCGGAUGCAGAGCCACUGUUCGCCCUUCUGGAGCUUAUGCUCCGAACAUUCACCGCCAAUACAGAACCUAAGAUAAAGCCAGGGGGCCAUCCAGAGGAUAUUUUCUUAGAUCUUGACGAGGAAGAAAAGGAGGAAAUAGAAUGCUCAAUUUGUUACCAAAUUCUGAAAGAUGUCCGUCAAUGCCAGAACAAACACAAGUUUUGUUAUUCGUGUAUUUUUGUUUGGUCUACCAGCGGAAACCCAGUAAACCACAGUAGGUGCCCAGUCUGUAGAGUUGAAGGACUUUAUGUUAGAAAUAACGCGAUAGACGAAACAAUAAACGCUAAAACAGUUAAGUGCUCAAUGAAAUCAUGCAGAUGGAAAGGUCCGCUGGCAAUUUUGUCAUCGCACCAGCACACGACGUAUACAGAAGACAAGCAAGUGUCAUCAUCUAAUAAUACAGCGGACGAGAAAACGGCGGAACUUCCGGCAGUUGGUAAUAGUCCUGCACCACGGCCUUUGUCACAUUCACGGAGCCGCUCACGAGCGAGUGUUUCGCAAAACUCACUGAUUUCGUCAUCCCAGUCGUCUGAUAUUUCAAGAACGAACGUGCAGAGACAACCGUUAGGUUCAAGUUCUCUGAAUAACAGUAACAACGCACAAACGAGCAGCAGAACGAAUGCGCGUUCCAACGGACAAACUACAUCUCGUUCAAGAACGCGCAGCCGACAUCGUCAAAAUACGUCAUCGCCUCAACGUCGGUCAAAUAUUACGGCAACAGGCCUUAAUAGUCGUCUAACGUCACGCGCUAGAAUACAGAAUAAUGGAACAAUAGACAAAAGAACAGUAAACAAUCAAGCAACAGCGCGCCAAGCAGUUCCUUCUUCAGACGAAAAUCAAAAUCCUGUAGUGGAGCAAGCGACAACAGAAGCGUUGCACGUUCCGCGUCCACCAACGACUCCGCGUCCAUCAACGACACCGCGUCCUUCUACACAGACACCACGUCGUCUCCCUACCUUGCCUAACUUGAUACCCUUAAGUAAUAACAAUAACACAGAGAGUCAAAACACGAAUACGGACAAUAACAAUAAUAUCAGCGGGACAACGAAUACAACUGCAGCCGACAAUGCAGAGACUCCGCGCAGGUACCCUCUAGAAACAUCCAGCAUACGGAGACAAUCUCAACCGCGUUCAUUCGGAAUGAUUCGGGAACGUUUAAAUGAAAGUCGCCAACGUUUGGAUAUGCUUAUGAACGUAUUUUCCACAGAACUUGACAGAGGACGCAACGAUCUAACGUCAUUCCAACAGGAACGCGAGCGCAGACGACAAGAGCAGUUAGCGGAAGUUCGCGACCUUGGCAGACGGCUUACUCAGGUUGCGACAGAAUUACGAGGACUGUUAUCUCAAAGACGCCAGAUCAGGACUCAGAUGGACCAUCUUUUGGAAUCAGCAUCAGACGAUCAAGAUUAAAUAUAGCAACAUCUGUGAUAAAUAUAAACUUAGCAGUAUUUUCGUGUACAUAGUAUACAGCGGUUUAAAAUAAGCAAAGACUAAGAUUUUAUUAGUAAGUCCGCGACUUUCGUUAUUAUUCAAGGAAAUGUCUGGAAAGAGCUUCUUAAGUCAGAUUCAUAAAAUAAAUGGUUGCAUACAUCUUUUAGUAUAGCUAUAUGUGUUUGAAUAAAUGCGGCAAUGAUUGUCGACUUGUCACAGGGCAAAUAUAGGAUAUUUCUGUUUGCGUACGACCCACUUUUCUUGCAGACACGCAGUGUGGUGCUGCUAUGUAUGACUAUACAUUUACAAACUUGGAAAAUGAGAGAUAGAUUAUUGAUUUCAUCUAGAAUCUCAGUCUUCGAUCUGUGAUAUAUAUUGAAAUCGACCAAAACCCAAGUGCAUACGGUACUAUAAUACAAAUUAACACACCAUAGAGAAAAAGACACCGAACGAGCAAGUUAUCACAAAUAUUUUGUCAAUAAGCAAUUUAUUGCAUCACAGACGUCAGGAUAAUUGAAAUAGCUUACUAAAACGCCAUGUUAUAGUUAUUACUUAAUGAUUCCGGAUUUGUCAUCUCACUUCUAUAGAGUUGAGAGAACUUCCAGCCACUCACGUUGACACAAGACAGGGAUUGGAUAAUCAGUGUUAAUGAUAACAUAGAUUGGAUCUAUAUUUUCUGACUGCUCAUCAUAUUCACAGAUCUUUUGAUAAUUAAGUUUUUCCAAUAGCAAGAUUAGCCUUUAAAAUGCCAAGUGCUAGCUUAUCAAAACAUAGUUUAUUUCACUUUUACUUAUCGAUCUGCCUGUAUUAUAUUUACUUUCUAGUUCAUAUUUUUGAUCAAUAACUGGAUUUACGUGAUAAGCGCCAACUCUGGUAAAACAAAUUGGUUAUAGAUUAUUUCUGGAGUAUUGACAACUUGAUUAAUUUGCAGGCAUAGUUUCUUUAAUACAAGAUAAAAUACAAGUGCACGUGCAAAUCAUUGCGAAACUUUGUAGAAAGAAAUAUAAUUCUCACUUGUUUACUCACAACCCAUGUUGUCCAAUGGUUACAGGAGAGUAAAUUUAACAGGUCUUAUAAGUCGAUCAAUACUUAACAGAUAUUACUAAUGUCGAUCAAUACAAUUGAUUUUAGAAAUGAUAUAUAGCUGAACCAUGUCUGAACAUACCGAAACAAAAUGAUGAGGAAUAAUUUCACGAGGGCGUAGCCCGAGUGAAUUAUACACGCGCGUAAAACCCAUUCGUAUUGUUGAGAUAUGUUAAAACAUGGUUCUGCUAAAUAUAAUUUUAAUUCUAAUAAACAAGUAGGUUAAACACUAUUUUAUGGCGCAUAUAUUGUGAAUAUAGUUGGUCGACGUGAGUUAAAAUACGAAAAGUUACAAGUCGUGCGGCAUAACUUAGGAGUGUGUAGACAUCUAAAGAGUUCUUUUUUGAGCCUAAGAACCUAUAGUAUACAGUGUGUGUGAAUUACGUGUAACGCCAUUCCGUUAUAUCAUUUCGAUUCUGAAACGUAUCUUUGUAUAAAAUAUUAGAUCAAAAAUAGACGGCGUAUGUUCUCCAUGACGAUUUUAUAAAAGACAUUGCGUCUGAAAUCAUUCUUCCUCCAACUCUGAUCCAUGUGGGGAAGUUGACACUUUCUUAAUCCCAACAUAAUUUAUUGUUAUCAAAAUAUUUCAAUGAACAUGUAAGAAUGAAAACAAGCAAGGCUUUCUUAAUUGAAUAUUAGAUAUUAAACCACUUGGGCUAACGCGACAAACCACUCGAAAGCCUCGGCUAUUUGUUAAAUAUUACAUGCUGACUGGAAAUAUUUCUGUAUAAUCUGAAUGCAAAUACUAUGUAGAUCUUUGUAAGUUUUCGAUUGCUGUUAUUUUCUAGAAACACGCAUGCAUAAUGCAUUAGUAUUUAUAGCCGGUAUAUCACCCUGGUGUUAUAUGACAUUUGAUUCAGUCAUAUUUUAUUGCUGUUUGAACACAAGAUCAUACACAGCACAUAUACAUGGAUAACAAACGCAAAUGUGCUGGGCUAAAAGGUAUUACAGCACCGGAAUUCAUUCCUUUCAAAGUGUGUAACAUCAAUGGCAAACGAAAAAUCAAGUUUGAAUUUUUCCAAGAUCAGAAAGAAACCUAACCCAUUUGAUUCAAAGGUCUUUCUGUUGAUACAGAACGGGUUAUGUGCUGAUUCAAGAUGUUGUUGUUUGUUUUGUUAUCUUUCGUAAUUCAACAACAGAGGCUAGUCUCAGAUAGGCUGAAUUGAUCUUAUCACCAGAGUUUCAUUAUUUUGACCAUUUUUGCUCGCUCGUUACUGAAUUAAUUUAUUGUUUUGCUAUUUAUUAUUCUAUUAGGUUUUUACCCCAUGAUGACUGGAAAUUAAGCAUGAAAUAUUCAUGAACAUUUAAAUGGACGUUUUAUGAUUUCUAAUGGUACCUGUACUAUCAGAUGGAUGAGAGCGGGGAAAUCUAUUUCGAUACUUCUGAAAUUUCAGAUCGGGUUGAUAAGCCUGACACCGACAAAAUCAAAGAUACCCGAAUUUCUUGCUUUCUUUCAAUUUCAAACGGGGUGAUAGCAAGUUGAUUUGACAGUCAUCGUUCAGGGCUACUCAGGACAAACAAAGGGAUAAACUAUUGGUAAUUAUGACGUAAUUUACACAGUGCUGAAUUAUUUAUGUUAAAUAGCUAACUAACUAUUGUUUCUUGAGUAUGUAAUGUAAAACAAGAUAUUUUUUCGUUCUAGUUGGAGAAAAACUUGUUAGAAUAAAGGAUGAUUUUAGGGUAUGUAGGUAUGAUUUUAGGGUAUGUAGGCACGUGGGCCAGUAUCAAAAAAAAAAGUUUGAUACUGGCCCCUGUAUAUGUAGGUAAUAAAUUACGUAACCUUUUGUUUUGAUAAAAAAGUGUGAUACUUGCAAAAUUAUUUAUGGUACUGCUGAAAUGUUUGCUAUAUUAUAACAUUUGCGUGUAUAUUAUACAUUGUUGUAAAUUCUGUGAUAUUGAUAACCAUUCCACUUUGUAUGUUUACCUUGUCACUGUCGCUGUAUAGAAGUUCAAAUAAAAUAGUUCAUAAUUGCACAAGCUGCUUCAUUCAUAGACUAUACUCACGACAAUUGAAGGGAUGUUAAUUUUGUAAUUUAUUCAAAAUUAAAUCAUUCUGUACUAUAUGCAGGACACAUGUAAACAGGUUUUUAGUUCAGUUUGAA